UGGGGAUUUCUCUUGGUGUUCUUUCUGGUGACGGUACCUAUCUAGUGGGAAGAAAGAAUAAGUCGUUGUUGUUGUUGUUGAUCAGAUAAGAUGUCUUCCAAUAAUCCAUACAAACUUCACGAUGUGGAGGCCAAUCACCCACUUCCACCUCCAUCACCGAUACCGAGUCCGAAUCCGUUCUUGGAUCAAGCACCAAACGUCCCUCCACCAGCCUACAAUUUCCACGCCGAAGCCGAGAACCUCUUACUCCCACCCAACACCAGCGUGUCGCGCUCCGCAUCCCCAAGCCCGUUCAAGCGACAGGAAAGUCCAUCAGCAGCCUACUAUCGAAAGCAACAGUACAACAAGCGCCGCUUCAUCUGCUUCUUGGUCGCUAUCAUCAUCAUGAUCGCUAUUGCGCUUGUCGUUGCUGGCGUAGCGUUCAAGUGGGGACGGAACAAUGUGUGUAUAAGAUGGGACGACGGGUCGACGAGUGGGAACUGUGAUAAUUGAGUUUUGCAUGGCAAAUGGCGUUCACUGGCGUUUUGGAGGAGGAUAUACCACCAUAGAUGUACCUGGCAUGUAUCAUACUGAGCGAAGGAAGCCUCGACUUCGUCACGGAGGAGGCACAGGAAC